UAGAUACCGGAUUGCUGGUCAUAAAGUAUGUCACACAUAUUCGAACGUUACUUGCUUCGUGUGUAUUUCUCCAGUAAGACUGCUGUUGCUGAGGAAGACCACAAACACUAUCAUCAUUGGCUAGCAUGUGCAUUUUUGCAGUUAGUAAGAAUACUGCAAUCGCAGAAUGCCACUAUUGCUUGCACAUUCCUGGCUUGGUGUUGGUCUACAGGCACCAAGACUAUUGAAGUAUGUAACGCAUAUUGUAACGUUACUUACUUCGUGUGUAACAAUCGGUUCAUUGGCUCUCGUAUUCUAUGUAAGACAAUUCAAGUACAGGUAACAAUACGACUGCUGCGACUGCGGUUGAUGAAAUUCAUCUGGAAGAACGCCUUCGGUGUUUGUAACCAUUUCUACAUGUACAACAAUUAA